UAAGCAUAAGAUGGCCACUAUAAUGGCAGCAUACCUCAUAAAAUCCCUUCUGUCUGUAUAUUUUACAAAUCUUAUUAAGAAAGAACUUAUGGUUUAGAUGUAUAAUUUUUAUAAAUAUUUGUCUUAAUCCUAUUAUCCAUAAUACUAUUAUAGAACUUGUUGUUAGAAAAAAUGACGUUAAUGAAUGUGGAGAAGAAAUUUGUAUUUUGUAAAAAAUAAGUCGACUGAAUUAUACUAUGUACUGAUAUUUACUAGGUGUUUGCGCCAUAUAUAGAAUUCCAACUAGCAAAAAUGGAGAGUUUUGGGCAACUAAUUAAUGAGUGGGAGAUUCAGUCUCUUGUGCUCCUCAGCUUCGUCCUACAAGUGUUCCUCUUCUUUACGGGCAGCCUUCGGCGGUGUAGCCGAAAUGCAGUGCUCAGAGUCACUAUUUGGGGGGCAUAUCUGGGAGCAGAUGUGGUAGCAAUUUAUGCCCUUGGGUCCCUCUCACGACAAAAAGAUGCAAACAUGGACAACAACAACAACGGAUCACUGAGGAGGAACCACCCACUAGCUUUCCUCUGGGCACCGUUCCUCCUCAUCCAUCUCGGUGGGCAAGACACCAUCACUGCAUUUUCCUUAGAGGACAACAAGCUGUGGCUGAGGCACAUGUUGAACAUGCUAGCUCAGGUGUCCCUAGCCCUGUACGUGUUUUGGAGGUCAGGCAUCUGGCACAGCGUGUGGCUUCUCCUUGUUGCCAUCUUUCUGUUCAUUCCGGGGAUCAUCAAGUACGCAGAGAGGACGCUGGCUCUCAUGUAUGGAAACGUAGACAACGCUUUUGUUAGGGAACCCAGUUCCAGAAGCCGAUGGUGGAUUCCAUCCAAGGACGCGGAGGAUGAUGGGUAUGAGGGGUACAUUUGCUUUGCGCUACGCUGGGCUCCUGGCACCAAAGACAUGUUUGCAGGGCGUACCAUCGGCUGGGCAGGAGAAGGGAAUUACAAGAAACUUAGCGACUAUAGGCUCGACCCCAUCCAGUUCUUUAAGCUCUUCGAUGUCGAAUUCUGCGUCAUGUACAGUGAUCUGUAUACCAAGACUAGGUUGCUCCGAACAACAACUGGUGUUGUACUUCGUUUCAUCUCUCUGGUGUCCACCAUUGUUGCCCUUGUGCUCUUCACCGUUAGCAGCAGCAGCAAAGCAGGAGGAUAUGGUGGUACAGUAGUAGCUGACCUUGCCAUCACCUACACACUGCUGUACGGAGGGUUUCUUCUGGAAGUCUGUGCGGCGGUAACGACGCUCGUAGCGUCACCUUGGACAUGGGCGUGGCUAGAGGCUAAACAGCACCAUAGUCUCGCUCGUGUGUCCAGGUCUCUUCUCUCCUGUGGUAGUUUUGGGUUGCAGGAGACAAGGCCGCUGUGGUCAAACACCAUGGGACAGUACACUUUCCUGAGCUACCUGGGCUGCGACGAGCCGGGUGCGAGUCUAUCUCUAUCCCAACGCGUGAUGAGCAAGAUAAGGAAGGUGGCGAGAUGUUUGGGCGUCGGAGAGGCGAAGAAGCUGUUUUGGGUGAGCAAGCUACUGGACUCCAAGCAUGAGACGGUGGAUGACAACAUCAGAGCAUGUCUGGUGCAGGAGCUUCAUCGCAUCAGAAGUGGGCGGCCGCGGCGGCAGUGGCGGCGUCUCGGCCUGUUCGUGACGCAGGCGGCACCCGAGUUGGCCUUGGAUGUCAUUUACUUUAUAGGCACGUUGCAUCUAAUCACAGAGGUUUGCCUGAACAACAGGGCGGCAACGGCAUCAUCAGCAGCAGCAUCCGGCACCGCCGGCGGGGACGACGACGACGCUGAUGAUUUGGCCGACACUUGCCGGAAGCUUUCCAACUACAUGUUGUACCUUGUGGUUGCACACUCUGCAAGUGCUUCCCUGCUGCAGGUAGCCACUGGCAGCCCCGAAGACGCUCUAGAGCUUCUGCGUCAGAAAUUCCUGCCAUCUAUGUCGAGUGGCGGCAGCGGCAGCAAGGAUGCCAUUCUGCGUCAAGUCAGCGAUAAACUCCGAGAACGAAGAAUGUUCAUGGGCCUUUCAGCCGAGCGGCGCAAGGAGACGCUGGAGGAGCUGAGAGAUAUGUGGGUGCGGCUCCUCCUGUACACCGCCGGCAAGUCCCGGCCGGCGGAGCACGCCGCCCAGCUGGCCAGAGGUGGGGAGCUCCUCACCUUCGUCUGGCUCCUCAUGCUCCGCCACGAGCUCGGGGAUUGCGCCCUGCACCGGAUGGAGCUUGCACCACGCCAAGCUGGUGGGCGCGGCGGAUAUUUCAAGGUGAUCUACGUCGCCGAUCCCCAUGAGGUCAGCCCAGAGCACGAGAUCGACGACAGAAAUACGGAGAUAAGCUAGCACUAACAACGGCGUGCGACAGUUAAUUGUCAGUGGUAGUAUAUGCCCUAUUUGUUUCUUGCCUGCAGCUGUGCGUGUGACCUUUGUCUGGUUUGUAUCUGUUUUCUUUCUUCUUCUUCUUC